CAUGUUGUAAAACAGGUAUGUUGUGUGACGUUUUGGCAGGGUGUUUGCCUAACAGGUACAUUUGGGUAGAUGUUUUACCUGUCGUAAAUUAGCACAAAAAAACUUUAUAAUAUCAAUAAUUGAAUUAGCAUAUAAUAGCUCAUAGUAAUUGUUUAAGUUAAGGAAAGCCUGGGUGAGUGAGUUGUAAAUAGAGGAUUAAAUAUUCAGUUUUUCAUAAAUUUCGAGGCGGAAACACCGAGGACAUAAGUUGUCGCUCCUGCUUGAGAAAUGCCAGGCUUGGCAGAGAUAUGUAUUGGCAUGCUGUUGCUGCUCCCUCUGGCUUGGGCCAGAGUUGUCUACAGCCACAACGAAGUGUUCCUGGGACAACAGUCUGCGUCCUCGUACCUGUCUCGCUCGCUGCUCUGGAACAAAUGGGAUCUGGAGAUGGUGACGCCAGACAGCCUUGAGAGGGAGUGCAUAGAGGAGGUGUGCACCUACGAGGAGGCCAGGGAGGUGUUUGAGGACACAUCCAAAACGAAUGUAUUUUGGGACACAUAUUCCAGCAGUCACAAUACAGCUCCCAGAGUGGAUGUGUCGGGUCUAGUGGCAGGAAUCUUGGCUAUUCUAGUGUCUGCUGUCAUAGCCACGGUGCUGGGCUGCUACUGUUACAAGAACAAAGCUGGUAGGACGGCAGGCAGUGCUCCAGUGAGAAUGGCUAUGGAUGGCCAGCCUGCCCCAGAGACAGUGCCUCUGGCUGGGAUCAUCGCUCCAGGACUGCCCUCCUACGGCGAUGCCCUGACCCGCAGUGGGCAGCAUGAUGCGCCCCCGCCACCUUACUCUGGGGGGGCGCCAUCAGCACCUCCUGACCCAACUGACGAUACUGAGAUUACUGUGAAUACUGAGGACACUGAGUGAAAAGGAGGGAAGGACAUUUUAAAAAGGGGGAUUCAUGUAGAGUGGGGGUGUGUGUGUUACAAGCUUCAAUUGGAGUUCUGGACAGUUAUAAGUGAGCACAGCUGUGAACAUUUAAAUUCCUGUGAGUUGUUGAAAUAGACAUGGUAUAUGUCCAUAUAAUAGGAGAGCAUUUCAUUUUUUUUUUAUUCGGGGGAAGAGGGGAGUUCAUAGGGGGGCAAGGCUGAAGGAUGUUAUAGAUAGAGAAAUUAAGGGAAUGGGAUGAAGACUUGUUAAGAGAAGCAAUCCCUUGAUUACAAAAUGCAUCAUAUGGGAUGAUUUCUGUAUUUUGAAAGUUACAUAUCUUGACAACUUGAUUGAUGACAAGCAAAACAUUUUGGGACUAUUUCAACAAUGGGCUGAUGGAAUUUCCUUUAAUAUGUACAAACUAGCAGAUGGUAUAGUAGUUAGGUCAACAUGUUGGCUAAUGUUUGUUUUAUCUCGGUCGUUUCUAUCUGUAUUGGUACAUGACAGACCACUCUGAAUUUAAGUAUAUUUAUACACAUUUCUUAUUCAAAACAUUUGAAUAAAGCUUUUGCACGUAGCCCACUGGUCAAUCAGACAGUCAUCUAUAUUCUAUAGAGUUGCACGUUUUCAAAAACGUUUUAAAAUAUGCCUGGGUAUUUGAAGUGAAAGUAAUCGGAUUGCGUUACUCAUUUUGAGUAAUCCAAAAUUUUACGGUAGUUAUUAUUUUUUGUUUAACCGUAAUCAGUAACGGUUACAUUUUUCAAGUAAUCCACCCAACCCUGCAUAUAUCUGCACUCUUUAAUCGAAAUGUAUCUUGCAUUGCUCCCAAAUGUACCCUUUUGGCCUGUGCUACACUUGUAUUCUGUCUGAGAAUUGUCUCUGUGUAUAUGACUAAAGGCUGUACAUGGUCAGUCUGCAUCUGAGUUGGCCGUAUAGAAUUUACUACGAUGCAGCCUCCGCAGACAUCAGGGCUUUCAUACUUCUUGUGCUUAGCUGAGCAGAGCUAUUGUGAAGGAAUUUGUCAAGGAAGUGAGUUAGUGUUUAUACUGGACCACCCGCUCCCACCUACUCUCAACCAACCAUAUCAAUGCGGAGCUAUACAGAGCCCUCCGCUUUGUUACAAAAUUUGAGAGGCGCACCGCGAUGUGGUACAGCGCAUGAUUUGGCCUCUGCAUUCCUCUGGUGGCUCCGCAAUUGCGUCACACCCGUCAUACGAAGUCUCUGACCACAUUUCGGAUCAAACAUAAAUUGGCUUUUAGAAAGGGUUGGAUUAGCAGACACUGCGUAUGUGUGUGUGUGUGCGCGCACUGGAGAGGGAGAGAAAGCGAGUGAGUGGGGAGAGGGAGGGAUUGUGCUAACAUGCGAUCCAACCAGCUGCUCUAAAAAAUGGCGUCUUCAGAAGAACGUGUAACCCUCACAUCAAGAUUCUAGUAUGGCCGCGAAACCUCUCUUCAAUUCUCUCAGGUCUAUUUAUAAUUGGUUUUACAAAAGAACGCGAGGACUACUACAAUAUAUGUUGAUGCGCGGUACGAAUAUUGUAGUCGUUGCCAAAGUCAGAAGGCCCGCCUACUUGACCAAUCAGAUGAGGGAGUGGAUCACGCGUAUGCUGACCAGUUUGCAGGGGCAGACGAGAGAGAUGCAUUUAUGCUGCGUUCACAUAGUAGUCGGAUCUAGGAAACUGACAUUUCUGGCUUGCUAAAUGGUUGUAGUUAUGCACGUGCCGCUUUCAACGAAUCAUCAAGUCGGAAAUUCUAGAGUUUCCGAGUUCCGACUAGUAAGUGAACGCGGCACCAUUUUUAUCUCAUCAAUGAUUUCUUUAUUUAUUAGCUAUAAUAAAACCAACCGUUCUAAAUGUAAAGUGGUAAUCGGAUGUCUUUUUCAAACUCAGCUUGAAAGCUUAUCAUUACGUUUUCCCUUACUCAGUUACUUGUUUUAACCCAAAAUAGGUUUACUCCAAUAUCGGCAUUGUUUUUAAAAUGGCAUGCAGAUAGGCAAAUUGACACAUCUUGAAAACGUACACAGUUUCACAGAAAUGUUCACAGAAUUGUUUAUUUUAAUUUUUAAAUGUGUUUAUUUUUGCCUGAUUUAAGAUAAACUUCAACCCUUUUACUUUAUUUGGCACCUAGGAACUUACUAUAGUAAUUUAUUUAACUUGACAGUACACCUUUUUUGGUAUUUUGUACCAGUUUCUGUCUCAGUACAAAGGCAUGGUCUUCAAGUUAUGGAAGAUGGCAAAACAUUUAAUAAUUAUUAUGAUUAAUUGGACUUACAUGGCACUUUAGACACCCAAAGCUCUUUACAGUGUAAGGGGAAACUCACCACCCUAACCCCACUUGGUGCCUUCAGAAAGUAUUAAUACCCCUUGACUUAUUCCACAUUUUGUUGUGCUUUUUUUUAUACCCAUCUACUAACAGGUGCCCUGCUUUGCGAGGCUUUGGAAAACCUCCCUGGUCUUUGCGGUUGAAUCUGUGUUUGAAAUUCACUGCUCGACUUGAGUGACCUUACAGAUAAUUGUAUAUGUGGUGUACAGAGAAGAGGUAGUCAUUCAAAAAUCAUGUUAAACACUAUUAUUGCAUUCAGAGUGAGUCCAUGCAACUUAUUAUGUGACUUGUUAGGCACAUUUUUACUCCUGAGCUUAUUUAGGCUUGCCAUAAUCAAGGGGUUGAAUACUUAUUGACUCGACAUUUCAGCUUUUCAUUUUUUAUUAAUUUGUAAAAAAUAAAAUAAAAUCCACUUUGACAUUAUGAGGUAUGGCCAGUGACACAAUCUAAAUUUAAACCAUUUUAAAUUCAGUCUGUAACACAACAAAAUGUGGAAAAAGUCAAGGGGUGUGAAUAUUUUCUAAAUGCACUGUACAUACUCUUUAUUUGUAUUUAUUUUCUUGGCCCAUCCGCUCCCCUCUUUGGAUGACAAAGGUAACCUUGUUUUCCUUUUUAAUUGUACUUUAAUUUUACAGAUAUUCUUUCAUAUACUGUACAUUAUUCAUAAACUUUACAUACAUGGUAAUUUUAUACACAGUAUUACUGUCACGUUCUGACCAUAGUUCUUGUGUGUUUUGCUUGUUUUAGUGUUGGUCAGGACAUGAGCUGGGUGGGCAUUCUAUGUUGUGUGUCUUGUUUGUCCGUUUCUAUGUUUGGCCUAAUAUGGUUCUCAAUCAGAGGCAGAUGUUUUGUGUUGUCUCUGAUUGGGAAUCAUAUAUAGGUGGCUUGUUUCGUGUUGGGGAUUGUGGGUGGUUGUUUCCUGUCUUUGUGUUUUCUCUAGGACUGUAUCGGUUUGUUAUUUUAUUUUGUAUUGUGUUAAGUGUUCACGUUUAUUCUUUCGUAAUUAAACAUGUUGAGCACAAGCUACGCUGCGUCUUGGUCCGAUCCCUGCUACACCUCCUCUUCAGACGAGGAGGAAGGCUGCCGUUACAAUUACAUGAAAGGAAUACAGUUUUAUAUACACAUUACACAUAAAAUGGUACUCAUCAUUACAUAAAGCCCCAUCUUACAUUUUAUUGAGGUACACUCCAUUCUUGGUUGGUACUUUAACAUUAUUAAAAUGAAAUUAAUGAUGUAAAAGUGUAUGGUAUAAAUUACAGUGAUCGGUCUUUGAAUUUACUGCCUUCAUGUUCGUUUCAGCAGCAUAUUUAUAUUUGGCUUUUGUUUGUCUGUCUUUUCCAUGGUGGCAUUCAUAUGUCUUUGUGCUCACAACUUCAAGUUGGGAGACUUUUACUCUCCCAGCUGAGUUUUUUUUCCCCUGCCAAAGGCUGUGCAUCUGUUGAAGCUCAAGAAUAUUAGAAUGAAAGGCUUGUAGGGAAACUAACAAUGUUGCUCCAUCAAAUAGAAUAACUUCUCUGUGCUUGAAAUGGAAUCGCUUAUGCUUGCUAGCUAGCUCAUUUUACAUGAGUAACAAAAGUUAGCUACUAGUUAUCUAAAAAAGAAAAGCCAAUUUACCCUUUUGCCCAAAACUUUUGUCCUUUCUCAAUGUUAUGCAUUUGAG